ACCAACUAAAACUGUACUUGCAAGUAAAGAAGACUUUGAAGACUUGAAUAUAACGAGUUGAAUCAUUUUUCACUCCUCUUGCAAAUUAUUUUCUUCUUGUUUAUAUGAUUCAAACCACAUAUAAAUUCAUAACACCUCUUGCCAGACCUUCAUCCAAUACUGCAGUAUCUAGCUGUUAUUGCAAUGGAAUUUUCUGUAAGCAGAUCAAGCGAAGGACUCGUUGCGCCUUCUGAGCCGACGCCAAUUGAAGUUCUUGAUCUCUCUGUGAUCGAUAAGUUGCAUGUUCUUAGAUGCAAUGCUCGAACGUUGCAUGUGUUUAGGCAUGGGCCUAAUGCGGCUGGUAUAAUUCGACAAGCAUUGUCCAGAGCCUUGGUUCCUUACUAUCCGCUCGCGGGGCGGCUUAAAGAUGAUGAUCUGCAAGGCCAGCUACAAGUUUCAUGCACUGGUGAAGGUGUCUGGUUUGUGGAAGCAACAGCAAGUUGUGAACUUGAUGAUGUUGCUUAUUUUGAUGAUGUUAUGUGCAUUCCCUAUGAUAAGCUUCUUCCAGAUUCUCCUCCCGAAGAACAGAAAUCUGAUCCCCUCAUUUUAAUGCAGGUAACACAAUUCAAAUGUGGUGGAUAUGUGAUCGGCCUUGUAUUCUGCCAUAGCAUUUGUGAUGGACUGGGAGCAGCCCGGUUCUUGAAUGCAGUCGGUGAGAUGGCUCGAGGCCUCAAGCAUCUCAGUGUUGAACCAAUCUGGUCCAGAGACUUUGCUCCACCACCAAGCAGCCAAUCAACACAAGUUACUCUCCCAAUGCCAAACUUACCACCACCAAUGCCAAAUUACCAGCUGGAGCAUGCAAACAUAGACAUAACUUUGGAUCACAUCAACCAGCUCAAGCAAAAAUACAACAAGUCCACAGGGCAGACCUGUUCUGCCUUUGAGAUCAUAGCUGCAAUGACAUGGAUGCAUCGAACACGGGCCAUAGACCUGCAAGAAGAUACAGAAAUGAAGCUUGUGUUUUUUGCAAAUUGUCGCGAUUUAAUAACUCCACCAUUGCCCCAAGGUUUCUAUGGCAACUGUUUUUUUCCAGUGACCAUCACUGCCUCAAGUGAAAUGAUCAAAAGUGAAUCACUCUUCAAUGUGGUAAAACUGAUCCAACAGGCUAAGACCCAACUUCCCAAUGAGUUUGGCAGAUGGAUCAGAGGUGAGCUGAGGGAUGAAAAUGGGCCUGUGGAUCCAUUUGCACCACCUCUUGUAUACACCACAUUGUUCAUAUCAGAGUGGGGAAAACUAGGCUUUAACCAGGUUGAUUAUGGACAUGGGCUGCCAGUGAAUGUAGUUCCAAUACAGGGAUCCAGUAUCAUUCCAGUUGGGAUAAUAGGCUCUCUUCCUGGGCCCAAGAAAGGCAUCCGUUUGAUGACUUGGUGCGUCGAGAAAGCCCAUAUUCAGCCCUUUAUCCAAUAUAUGACAAGCCUAAUAUGAGUUGCUUCUUGCCAUCAACAAAUAUGGUUGUGAUCGGAUACAAAUGCAAAUUAAGUUCUCGAGUUUCGUAUUUGUUUGCUACUAUUCUUGUGUGUUAUCCUCGUUUGCUGCUUUCUUGUUUUACAAAAUGGUGAACUAUCCUAACCAAAUUGUACUCGCA